UUGCUGCCUGUCCUGGUCCCUGUCCUGAUUCCUUUCCUGAUUCCUGUCCUUAUUCCUAUCCUGGUUUCUGUCCUGAUUCCAGUCCUGGUCCCUGUCCUGAUUCCUAUCAUGGUUCCUGUCCUGAUUCCAGUCCUGGUCCCUUUCCUGAUUGCUGUCCUGAUUCCUGUCCUGAUUCCUGUCCUGAUUCCUGUCCUGAUUCCUGUCCUUAUUCCUAUCCUGAUUCCUGUCCUGAUGCCAGUUCUGAUUCCUGUCCUGAUUCCUAUCCUGGUUCCUGUCCUGAUUCCAGUCCUGGGCCCUGUCCUGAUUUCUGUCCUGAUUCCUGUCCUGAUUCCUGUCUUGAUUCCUGUCUUGAUUCCUGUCCAGAUUCCUGUCUUGAUUCCUGUCCUGAUUCCUGUCCUGAUUCCUGUCCUGAUUUCUGUCUUGAUUCCUGUCCUGAUUCCUGUCCUGAUUCCUGUCCUGAUUUCUGUCCUGAUUCCUGUCCUGAUUUCUGUCGUGAUUCCUGUCCUGAUUCUUGUCCUGAUUCCUGUACUAAUUCCUGUCCUGAUUCCUGUCCUGAUUCCUGUCCUGAUUCCUGUCCUGACUCCUAUCCUGAUUCUUGUCCUGAUUCCUUUCCUAAUUCCUGUCCUGAUUCCUGUCCUGAUUCUUGUCCUGAUUCCUCUCCUGAUUCCUCUCCUGAUUCCUGUCCUGAUUCCUAUCCUGAUUCCUGUCCUGAUUCCUGUCCUGAUUCCUGUCCUGAUUACUGUCCUGAUUCCUGUCCUGAUUCCUGUCCUGAUUCCUGUCCUGAUUCCUGUCCUAAUUUCUGCCCUGAUUCCUGUCCUGAUUCCAAUCCUGACUCUUGUCCUGAUUCCUGUCCUGAUUAUUGUCCUGAUUCCUGUCCUGAUUCCUGUCCUGAUUCUUGUCCUGAUUCCUGUUCUGAUUCCUAUCCUGAUUCCUGUCCUGAUUCCUGUCCUGAUGCCUGUCCUGAUUCCUGUCCUGAUUCCUAUCCUGAUUCCUGUCCUGAAACCUGUCCUGAUUCCUAUCCUGAUUCCUGUCCUGAUUCCUGUCCUAUUUCCUGUCCUGAUUCCUGUCCUUAUUCCUGUCCUGAUUCUUGUCCUGAUUCCUGUCCUGAUUCCUGUCCUGAUUCAUGUCCUGAUUCCUAUCCUGAUUCUUGUCCUGAUUCCUGUCCUGAUUCCUGUCCUGAUUCUUGUCCUGAUUCCUGUCCUGAUUCCCGUCCUGAUUUUUGUCCUGAUUCCUGUUCUGAUUCCUAUCCUGAUUCCUGUCCUGAUUCCUGUCCUGAUGCCUGUCCUGAUUCCUGUCCUGAUUCCUAUCCUGAUUCCUGUCCUGAUUCCUGUAAGUAAAGUUAGAAACAAGCUAGACAUGUAUGAUGUACAUGUCUAG